AUGGUUUCUCGCAUCGCCCUUCCAGACAGCUACGCGCCGUACUACGUCGAUUGUCCCGAAGACAUCCAGCUCGUGCGCCAGCCCCGAUCGACCUCCCUGGCCGAGUCGGAAUGGGUCCACGGCCGCAAGGGACAGGUCGUCGACGCCCUAGGCAGGUAUCUCUCGAACCUGGACCUGGGAGACUUCGACACCACCGAGUACAUGAGCCGUGUGCGGGCCAGCAUCGACUACAACGUCCCGGUAGUCGGCUGGGCCAACAGCGGCGGCGGCUGGCGGGCGGCCAUCACGGGCGUCGGCGGGCUGCAGGCCAUUGACGAGCGCACGGAAGGCGCCAAAGAGGCCAAGGUGGGCGGUCUCUUCCAGAUCCUGACGUAUAUCGCCGGCCUCUCCGGCGGCGCCUGGCCUGUCACGUCGCCGACCUUCCACAACUAUGAGCCCAUCACCCAGAUGAUCGCAGACUGGCAGCUGGACCUCAACCGGUUCACCGAGGCGGACGUGGAAGACUACUUCGAGGUCAUGGUCGAAAAGUACGAGGCCGGCUUCAAUAUUUCCGUGUCCGACUUCCUGGGCCGCGCCUUUGCAGGCAUGACCGUCCCCGGCGUGAACCGCACCUGGUCUUCGAUCCCUGACCAGCCGGGCUUCAAGAACUUCGACGGGCCCUUCCCCAUCCUUAGCGCCAGCAGCAUCAACAGCAGCUCGCCCGUCGAGGACGGCCUCUAUGUUCCCUCGUGGGAUGCUCCAUGGUACGAAUGGAACCCCUUCGAGUUCGGGUCGUGGGCGGCUGGGUUUGUGCCUACCAAGUACGUCGGCACGAUUCCCAACGAGAACAACACGGCCGAGCAGUGCGUCGAGAAUCUCGACCAGACCAGUUUUGUCCUGGGCACCGUCGCGAGCGCGUGGAACUACUGGUAUCUGGAAGCCGUGUCCAACGACACGCUGGGCAUGUUCUCCAAGCGCGACGGUCGCGUUGAGAAGCGGGACGCUCUCAUUGACGAGCUGGUGGAGCUUGUUGACGGGGUUUUCAGCGAGUACUUCAACUACACAGUCUCCCAGAUCGCCAAUCCCUCCAUCCCCAACGCCUUCAACCCGGCCGAGAACAUCACUUUCGCCGACGGCUCCGAGGCCGGGCAGUCGAUCGCCUUCUUGCCGCUGAUCCAGCCAGAGCGAAAGCUCGACUUUAUUAUGGCCUGGGAGGACGACGCCGACGACGCGCCCUACUCGUGGAACAACGGCACCAACAUCUAUGACGCUUAUGUGCACGCCAGAUCCCACGGGCUGCCCUUCCCCGAGGUGCCGCCCGUCCGCGAGCUGCUGGCGCGCAACUACACGCUCAAGCCGGUCCUGUUCGGCUGCGACACGAACCUCACCACAACGCGCGACGCCACCUCCCCCAUCGUCGCGUACUUUGCCAACUCGCCGUACAGCUGGUACACCAACUUCAGCUGGGCGACGACCUCCAUGUCGGGCGACGAGGUCUACGGCGUCACGCAGAACAGCUUCAACCUGGUGACCCAGGGGAACAGCACCCUCGACAGCACCUGGGUCGACUGUCUCGGCUGUGCGGCCAUUGAACGCAGUCUGGCGCGCGUGGGCAUGCAGCGCUCCGAGGCCUGCGACCAGUGCUUCCAGGAGCACUGCUGGGACGGCACUCUGACCACUGGCGUGCCGGACGACUUUGUGCUGGACCCGUCGUUGGCGCUGGCCCCUACCCUCAACUAUGCGGAGUGGAGCGAGCAGCAUCCUGACAUGGAUUAGUCGCCGACCGGAUAGUCUGGUGGGAUCAUUACCUUGGAAUGGCGAGUUGGCAACUCAUCAUGCCUGGGUUUGACUCCCACAGCUGGCAAUCUAAUACUUAUCCACUUGCCCGCUGCAGACACGUCUGUUGUAUAUAGAGUAUGCUAUGCAUGCGACCUGGGGCCUCUGUUUCUACUCCUACCCCUAUGCGCUAUACUCAAGAACCCUCCAGUACAUAGAACCCCACAUAUUGUUAAUGAAUGCAGAAUAUGAAUUGAUCGAAUGACGUG